GCGGUUCCGGUAGUAACCGAAUGCCUGACGUCGGCUGAUACCUUAGAGUUCUCCCCAGCCAUACUGAUGGAGGUGAAACCCGGCAAAUCUGCAACUAUCGGUCUCAUUCACACCUCUCACAGAAGCGACUCCAAUUUCUUUUCGACUACUCGUAGUCGGACUGAUGUUGGUCGUUUGAAGAAAUGUCCAACGGCGCGAAACAGGGAAAAUCGUCUCACUUUCUUGUUUACUCCCUCUCAUCGACGCUCGAAAUCCGCCGACCCCUCCUCAGAUUUUAACUCGACUUGUUCGUUUGAGUCAUCUUUUUUACGGCCUCCAUUAGUUGGCAUCAAUGGCUCUUUCUCAAAAGAUAAACUGAAGGCAUCUCCAGUUGACAUCACUGGAUCUACUUAUGAUAACUAUCGACGCUUGCGGGAUUCACGUCGCUGGUUUACUUCUCAGCCUGCUCGUCAGUCGUUCUCACGAUGGCCAGAGUAUCCUAAAGUUACUGCGUCCCCUGUCAACGGUAAACAGCUAUUCGACCGAUUCAAGUGCAAUAAUCCCCCUUCCAGGAUCCGAAUUAACCAACAUCCGAGGCCUUCUUCUUUUCAUCCAUAUUCCACCUUAGAGGUCCCUGUCAUUCAUCACAAUCCUCGUUUUUAUCAAGAAGGUCUCCCUAGGCUCGACAAGGGUACUCCCCAGUCGGAAUCGGACGAUUCGACCACGGCUUCCACAGCGCGUGAGUCUUUGUACGACUGCCCCCCAUCGAUUGCGCCCUACCCAUGUCCCACUUUGCAACUCGAAUGCUCUCUUGCACCAUGCAGGGUGUCUCCAGCUACUCCAAAAACAUCACCAUCAUUCUCCAAUCGUAUAGUUGAUCCAUUCUCGCUGUUUCGUCGACGCAAACAUCCCACUCCGUCCACAGAACCCUUCACACCUGUCUCUGACUUGGUGAACCGUGUGCACUGUGUCAAUUCACUUAGGAUGUGGAGAGGGGCCCUCAUUGUUGGACCAUCUGCGUCGAAAUUGCGUGACAAACGCUUACCGAUUACCGCUACUUCCACAGCGAACUCUGUGCCUAGCUCGCUUCCUUUGUCGAUACAGUCAGAAAUAGCACCUACUUUGCGUUCGUCAACGGCGGUUUCGAAUUCUGUUUCACCUAGUGUUGUUACGUUCAACUUUUCAAAGAAACCGUUUCGGACGAAUGGGCCAUCUAAAGAUAUAUGCAAGGUUACAGCCUGUCACUCUUCUCCGAAACUUUAUCCAAACGUCGUCCAUCAUGCUUUGAAGGGCAGAGCCAAGUCUGGCCCCCGGACUUGCUGUAACCAAACGGUGGUUCACUUCGAUCCUACAGCCACUGUGAAAGUGUCCUCUUCACCCGCCCACCUUCACCAGCCAGCUGCUCCGACCCCUGCAAAUAAGAAUGUCUGGGAACCAAAAUCAUCGUUGACGUCACAAGGGAAUGGGAUUAGUCAUUCAAUUACUGUGGCCUCAACUUCGGCUCCUCUACCCUUCUCCGGGUCGACCGCUUCGCUUCGUUCACGUUUUAAACUGCAGAAGUCCACGAAGAAGAACCCUUUAGACCGAAGUGUCGUUGCUAAUGUUUCGUCAGUUCCAACUGGUAGACUGCGAUUGUGUUCGCAGGGUAUCGGCACGCCCUUAUCGUCUGAGGUGGUUUCCUUCCGAAACGAAAGAUGCUCAAGUGUUUACUCAGCUACCCCCUUCUGCUCUGAAACGAUCAGUGGCCACUGUUACACUGGGGAUGUCCCGACGAACAACCCGAAUUCAACCUCUUCCAUUCGGAAUUCGUGGUCCGCCUCAUGCGAAUCUCGGACAUUUGCCCAUCGAGGAAAUGUUCCCAUUUCCAUCUGCCGAAACUCACGCCGGGCCACUGAUGAUGAUCCACGGAACCCUGUUUCAUCAUCCACCGUAACGGGUACUCCUUUUGCCACCUGCGUUCUUUCAACUCCCCCAACCACUACGCAUCCGACUGUCUGCGUGUCAUCCAUCCCUUCGGAGCACCAGUCACGAAGGUCCGCUGCUACAGAGCCGCGCUCUAUCCUCUCACUGGAUGAUUCCUCGUCCGACCUGUCGGUGCAAUCUUGCAACGAGAGUCGACCCUCCUGCACCGCUCCGGUAUUACGUCCCCCGUGCCCUCCGCUCAGAACCACUUCGUUGGUCCGCUGUUCUCCCCGUACCACCUGUGGCCCUCCGCUCAGUAUACCUUGCUCAACUGCCGCCUGCUCUUUGACCGAACGAUCGGAUUUUCUUCACACUGCAUCCACUUGCUCCCAAUCCAUCCAUCCGGGUGCCACUCCCACCUGUACUAUCUCACCGUUGGACAACGCGGAUCAAUUGGCUGAUCGCGAAGUGGAGCUCACAGUUUCCCAAUUGGAUUCUAUGUGGUGGUUACGCUUGUUACCUUACAAACCGUCUAACUUACCGGAUUGUCUGGCUGACCGUCUGAGGCAGCGGAGUAGUCUCAUGCUCUCGAGGUCCUCUCCAAAUACCAGGCUCUCAAACAGCUCACUUCCUUUGGCGAACUUAACCCAUCCUUUUCCAACCUGCUUGGCUCACUCUCCACACUUUAUAAGAACCAUGACACAAUCGUUGCAUGAGCGACACCCAUCCGCAGGCGACGGUGGUGCUCAGCGGACGCCAUCCGACACUUCGUCCAAACUUUGCCCCCGUCCUCCCGCGCGUCCCUCAAGCUUGUACACAGAAAACGCGAACAUAAAUCCGUUACUUCUACCCUCCCUCUCACACCUUCUGUCCGCGACCUCCACGGAUCCCAGUCGGUGCUCGGGGCACCCACGAGUACCCAGUUGUUACACUUUAGAAUACACUCACACACCGCCAUGUUUUGUCGACUGUUCGAACACCUUUUCGCCGGCACUGGACGACCUCUCCAAACCACGCAUACCGACUUAUCUUCGUGGGAUUGAGGCUGUUCCCGAUUCAAUUGCUUAUAAGAAAACCGACAGUCCGCUGUUAGGACAGUACUGUCGUCUCCUCAUUUUGCGGACUACGAAUUCUGUGGUCCCGUCACCCUCAACACCGACUGGUUUACACAGUCCAUCUGCUGAGACUCCCGUCACCCCCGUUUGAUGACCAAACCUUCCGUGCAGUUUCUGUGGGUGUAUGUGCGGAACAGAUGCCUCCGAAUUUCACACACACACACACACCUCAUGUGAUCGAUUCCCUCCUCCCUGCCAAUUGACCUUAACAGCUCAGCAUCAGGAAUCUCUAGUAAUUUAUUUGUACAUGUUUAUCUCUAUUUGAUCUUUUAUCUUUCGUGAGGAAUUUUAGUUGAAGUGUACUUUUCUCUUCACUGUUUUAGGUAUUCUGUUUUUUUGCUACUUGAAUAGUGUACGAACCAUGUGCUCAGCAUCACUUUCACUUCCCCAUCAGUUUAUUAAAACAAUUUGUUUGAUCAUUUG